AUGACUGAGGAAGACUUCGACAAGCAACUUAGAAAGGCCUUUCAAGAGUUACAAUCCCAAAUACUUGAAAGUCGGGAGAAACAGAAGAAUGCAGACGUUACAAAAGCUGCGAUGAAACAAAACAUAAGAGUGGCAGAGAUUGUCAAGUCACAAUUGGAACAGCUUCCUAAAGAUGAGGAUCGUGCUGUUUAUAGAAUUGUUGGACGUGCUUUUUUGCAAGAGACAACGGCUUCAGGUUCGCUUUUUAGGUUUAAGAGAAACAACGUUGUGCUCGAAAAGUGGUUUAGGCCGCAAUUAGUCUUGCGUCAGUCUGCAAUUAAUCUUGUUUGUCCGCAAGAUCUUACAGGAACAUUGAGGACUGAUUUAGGUUACUUGUUCUUGGAAUAA